GAGGAGGGUAACACAAUACACGGAGAGGAGGAGGGCUGCUCUGCUACACAAGAAAGACAACAUGGAGGCUGGUGCCUGACCCUGAUGCAGCAUUGGAAUCACCCCUCCCGGGUGCAGGCAUCGGUUGCAUGCUCUUGCUUUGUGCCCCCUGCUUCCCCCUGGAUCCUUACAGGCAGUGAGGGCUGCGGCACAUCAAGGGAGACAGAGGAGAGGACAUGAUCAGCUCCCCGGCGGUGAUUCUCCUCUGCUUGCUGGGCUGUAAUGUGUGGAAAGCGGUCACCAAAACCCUGCCGGGGCAGAAUGCUGCGGUUCAAGAGGUGACCCUGAAAGUGCAAGUUAGCGAUGUGAGCACCCACCAACCGCUAAGCGGGGCUCUUCUAGAAGUCUUCGCCAACCAAGUUUCCGCAGCGUCGGGGACCACUGGAGCCGAUGGGACGGCGUUAAUUAAACUCCAGUACAGACUGGGGAGCCAGCUGAUCGUCACCGCAACUAAGCAUGCCUACGUGCCAAAUUCCGCACCUUGGAAGCCACUCAGGUUGCCUGUCUUCUCCUCGCUAAGCCUUGGCUUACUCCCUGAGCACUCGGCCACGCUAAUGGUGUACGACGACAUUGUGCAGAUAGUCUCAGGAUUUCAAGGUUCCCGCUUGCGGCCUCGAGUUCACUUUGAGAGGAGAGCGCUGAGCCUCCCGGGAAACGCCACCUACAAGGAUCUUACAGCGUUUUUGACGGCGGCGAGUAGCCCGUCGGAAGUCGAUAGCUUUCCCUACCUGCUGGGCUCUGAUGGGAACGUAACAGGGAACAGCACGAGGAUCGACCUCACCCCGGUGACUGCUGUCAGCAUCCACUUGCUCAGCAGCGAUGGGACGGACAUCCCGGUUAGCGGCCCCAUCUUUGUGACCGUGCCGCUCCCGGGGCCCAGCAACCUGAAGCACAACGCGCAUGUCCCGGCGUGGAGGUUCGACCAGAAGCAUGGAACAUGGUUAAAAAGUAGCAUUGGGAUCAUUCAGCAAGAGGGGGACCAGCUCACCUGGACAUAUAUUGCCCCACAGAUGGGUUAUUGGGUUGCUGCCAUGUCUUCCUCCAGUCCAGGUCCUGUGGUAACACCAGACAUGACCACCUAUCACACAAUGUUUCUUCUGGCAAUUUUAGGCGGGAUCGCUUUCAUACUGCUAGUGUUACUGUGUCUACUGCUCUACUACUGCAGGCGAAAGUGCUUAAAGCCACGACAGCAUCACAGAAAGCUUCAGCUUUCCACUGCCUUAGAUUGUACUAAAAAGGAUCAGGCCACUUCAAUGUCUCACAUCAACUUAAUUAGCCCCGUCCACAUGGAGAUGAUGUCUUCUAGUGGCGAGGCGGAUAUUCAUACUCCGAUGCUGAAGCCUUCUUAUAAUACGUCGCAGGAAUUUAGCUCCAGAGAGGAGCUACUGUCGCAUCAAGAAGAAAAGAGCAGAAUGUCUUUGGAUAACCUGACGCCAACUGGCACUUUGAGACAGGUCUACAAUAAAUCAUUGGAUCAAUUCCUCCUAAAAUCAAGGAAGUCUGCAGAAAUAUCAGAUGGAUAUGCACCUUCCAUGAAAGAUGAAUAUCGAAGGAGUUACAAUUCAGUGAUCUGUCAGCCUUUGUUCGAAAACAAGGAUAAAGACCUUAAAUCUUCUUCCAAUCGUGUUACGGCAGGAAGCAAACCAAGUAUUCAGGAACAAACGCACCCAAUGCCUUCUGCUCCUGAACCAGAGCAGAUGAUAGACCGACGGCCAAAUGAAUGUAUGAUGUCCCGCUCUGUGGAUCACCUUGAAAGGCCAACGUCUUUUCCUCGGUCGGGUCAGCUCAUAUGCUACAAUUCUGUAGACCAGGUGAAUGACAGUGUUUACCGUAACGUUAUGCCUACCCUGGUCAUUCCAGCACAUUAUAUGAAACUAUCAGGAGAACAUCCUUUUGUAAGCCAGCCGCUGAUUGUCUCAGCCGAGCAGCCAUUUGAAAUAGAAAGGCUCCAAGCUGAACUGUCAUCUCAUGCGCAACAUCCUCAGCAAAUGCAAAAUCAGCAGUUAAGUUCUCAAGCGAUGUCACAACAGCAUCUGCAAGACGGCGAUGGAACAGAAUGGAGCGUCCAAAACACAGUUCUUUCAGAAUCCAUGUCCAUUCCAGCUUCCUUAAACGAUGCUACCAUUGCCCAAAUGAAUGGCGAAGUGCAGCUGUUGACAGAAAAGGCUUUGAUGGAGCUUGGUGGGGGUCGCCCCAUGCCUCAUCCCCGUGCCUGGUUUGUGUCAUUGGAUGGGCGAUCCAAUGCACACAUUAGACAUUCAUAUAUAGAUCUUCAAAGAGCUGGAAAAAACGGGAGUAACGAUGCCAGCCUGGAUUCUGGUGUUGACAUGAAUGAACCAAAAACUGUAAGAAAGGGAAGAGGUGAUAAGUUCUCAGUGCGGCAGCAUCACCCCUCCAAGCAGCAUCCGACUGUACCGGAGUACCAGCCAACUGAUGACAUGGUCUCAGACAGUACAGCCUUUACCCAACUCGUUUAUUUGGAGGACCUGGACCAAAGCGGCAGUGAAUGUGGAACUGCGGUUUGCAGCCCUGAGGAGAGUCGAUCCUUUACUGAAGCCCCGGGAAGGAGGAGUGCUGGCCAACUACCCAGUCUUCAGGAAGAGCCCAUAAAAAGAACUGCAGAUUCGUCACCAGUGCCAUUAAACAGCCCGGAGCAUGAACUUUCCCUCCAAGAUGAUUGUGCCGACGACCAAGGUGAAAACAAAAAAAGCCCUUGGCAAAAACGAGAAGAAAGGCCACUUCUGGCUUUUAACGUGAAAUGACUUGUAUUUUCGCCACAAAGUGGAAUAAUAAAUUGCCAAAUAUUCUUUCUUUGGAGAUGCUUACUUUUCGGAGACCAUUGUCCCUGCAAAGAUUUUUUUUUAAAAACAAAAACUUAAAAGGAGGUUGGUUG